UCGGUGCUAGCAGGCGAGGAAGAUGGUAGACAGAAAUGGCGGUGACGGCAAGGCGAGCAGCGUGAAGUGCUGAUGCAUUACACGGACCGAAAUUUACGACUGCCAGGACAACGUUGGGAACAUGGCAACGACGUCGCAGUAGCAGACCCGCUGUAACUGUCAUUGCGAACCUACGACACCUUCCCGGGAGAGUUUUCAUCUUGUCAGCGGAGGAGAGAGAGAGAACCUCACCGGGAGCAUGGCUGCUCACAGUAACCAGUACAUCUUCGGGGAAUUCAGCCCUGAUGAGAUCAACCAGUUCUUUGUGACUCCACGAUGUUAUGUUGAGCUUCCUCCGUUCAAUGACAAAGUCCCGUGUGUCACUCAGUCUUCUGGAAGUUACUGCACUCCUGCUGUACCUUAUAUUAUGGAGUCUAUGGGACUGCAGGUUUGCGCAGAAGACUAUCAGCACAUUGAGUUUGGCGUUGACGAGGUGAUGGAUUCCAAGCCUGUUGGGAUGAACGAUCCUUUAUUCAAGGUGUCGAGCACCCUCAAUCCUCAGGCCCCAGAGUUCAUCCUGGGCUGCCAGUCAGCCCAGAAAGCCCAACACACGGCUCCUCCAGCAGCUGAUGACCCAGACGGAACCCACUUCGACUUGUUGGAUGGCCCUGACUCGGAGGCCUCAGCCCUGGACAAUCACCAGUCCUGCCAGGACAUGGACGGACUCCCUGGCAGCUUGGGACAGCGCGAGAAGAAGAAAAAGAAAAAGCGACCGCCGGGGUACUACAACUACCUCGACCCGUCAACUGGUAACAGCAGCAGCAGUGCAGUAGACGGGACGCCUAUGACAGCACUGGUGAACGGACAUGCACUCGGUGGCCCACACCACAGUGCUGAGGAUGUGGACAGUAAGGCAUCGUCAGGGGCUGAACUUUCCACCCCUGGACCUGUCUCAAAAUCAACAGCUGCUGUGGCAGCAGCCAAGUCUUCCCCCCCAUCCACUGCCAAUCAGAGGACUUGUGAUAGCCCUGAUGAUGACUCUUUGGACUUAACAAGUGGAGCUGCCUCUUUAUCAGAUGGCAACAAUGCAACUUCCUCCUGUUCAUCCUCCUCUCAAAGCAGAGGGAUGACAGAAGGGCCGAGGACUGCAGAUCAACAGUCAGAUCAUUUGGCUCCACUGAGCCCUGAACUUUCAGAUGCUUCACACAGCCCCCGCUCCGGAUCGCCUCUUCCUCCUUCAACUGUUGUGGCCACCCCCUCUGUUGCCACUUCCAUUACGACUACUGAACUGGAGGGCAGGGAGGUAGCAGACAGUGGGGUGGCUAAUGGGCUGGCAGAACGUGAAACUCCCAUCAGUGCAGAUGGACUCAAAGAAGACUGUGAGAGUGGGGAGCAGACUCAGCAGAUCUCCCCAGACUCUGCUGCCCAGCCGGUAGUGUCGGACCAGGCCCAUUCGCCUGUGAUUCCAGCUGCACCUACUGCCAACCUCCCCAAGUCAUGGGCUAGCCUCUUCCACAACUCUAAGCCUCUGCCUGGUGGCCCUCAGGCCUUUGUGGAGGUAAAGAGUGUUGUGGAAGUCGUGUCUCCCCCCCUCAUAACACCAGAGCAGCCCGAGAAAGUUGGGGAGGUCAAAGAUGUCCCAGUCCAUGUAUCAGAAGAUCCCAUGGCCCCUAAACUUGCAGAACUUAUUGAGAAUGUGAAGUUGAUACAUAAACCAGUGUCUUUGCAGCCGAGAGGACUGAUCAACAAGGGGAACUGGUGCUAUAUCAACGCUACCCUACAGGCCCUGAUUGCAUGCCCCCCCAUGUAUCACCUGAUGAAGUCCAUUCCUCUGCAUUCUGAAACCCAGAGACCAUGCACCUCCACCCCCAUGAUAGACAACUUUGUAAGGCUGGUGAAUGAAUUCAACAACAUGCCUGUGCCAUCUAAAGCCAAACAGCAAGCUGUUGGUGAUAAGGUCAUGAAAGACAUUCGGCCUGGUGUACCCUUUGAGCCGACCUACAUUUAUAAACUCCUCACACUCAUCAAGUCGAGUCUCUCUGAGAAGGGCCGACAAGAGGAUGCAGAGGAGUAUCUUGGCUUCACUCUCAACGGAUUGCACGAGGAGAUGCUGGCAUUGAAAAAACUAAUCUCGCCUCAGGAAGAGAAAGCUCCUACGCCCAACGGGCCUGAGUCCCAGCCUGCGGUGGAGGAAGAUGUUGCAGAUAAGGACGGAGAAGGUAGCGAUGAUGAGUGGGAGCAAGUGGGUCCCAGAAACAAGACUUCCAUCACUCGCCAAGCUGACUUUGUCCGCACACCCAUCACUGAUAUCUUUGGUGGUCACAUCAGAUCGGUGGUGUAUCAACAAAACUCGAAAGAGUCUGCAACUCUGCAGCCUUUCUUCACCCUGCAGCUAGACAUCCAGUCAGAGAAGAUCCGCACUGUGCAGGAGGCUCUAGACACCUUGGUGGCACGGGAGUCGGUCCAGGGCUACACUUCAAAAACCAAGCAGGAGAUUGAGAUCAGUCGGAGGGUCACUCUGGAAGAACUGCCCCCUGUGCUGGUUCUCCAUCUCAAGAGAUUUGUUUUUGAAAAGACCGGAGGCUGCCAGAAACUCACCAAGAACAUUGAUUACCCCGUUGAUCUGGAAAUCAGCAAAGAUAUCUUGUCCUCUGGAGUGCGGAGCAAAGUUGUCAAAGGCCAAAGAACUUACCGGCUCUUUGCAGUUGUCUAUCACCACGGGAACAGUGCGACAGGCGGUCAUUACACCACUGACGUCUUCCACAUUGGUCUUAACGGCUGGCUGCGCAUCGACGACCAGGCAGUGAAGGUCAUCAACCAGUACCAGGUGGUGAAGCAGACCGCAGAGCGCACCGCCUACCUGCUGUACUACCGCCGUGUCGACCUACUGUAGACACACACACACACACACACACACACACACACACACACACACACACACGCGCAUACACACACCCAACAAUACACGCAUAUAUACACCCAACAAUACACGCAUACACACACCCAACAAUACAUGCAAGAAUUCCUGAAUAUUGACAAACACACACAAAACAUACAAGCUGAAAAUGCACUCGUUGACCGUACAGAACAUCGACACGACACGCACACCAAACUGAUGAACAGGAACACUGCCCAACUUGUUCUCUUGCAAGAUUUCCCUCUUCUUCCCUCCUGUCCCUGCUUCCCUGAGAACCAGCUUUUCCAGCACCCUUCUCCUUGUCUCCUUUUUCUUUUUCAGAAGAAGAGAAACAAGCUGCAUUCACAAAGAUUUUUUCCUGUGACUGCUUCUCUCUUCUCUGUGCACCACUGCUGUGUUUUGUUUAGUUUUCUUUUUGUUUGACUUCUAAAGCAGCAAGGAAGGACUGUUGACUAGACAGAGGUCGGGCUGAGGUCACAUGUUAGGACCUGAGACUCGCCCGACUUGAGCCCACAGCUCGGCUCAGAUAGCAAACAGUGGACUCGCUCACACAGGAAGAACUCAUUACCAAGUGGACUGCGGGGAUAAUGACGCUCGUUUCAAUUACCUUUUAUUUUAUUUUUAUUUUCCUUUUUUUCGAAGGAAAUGACCUAGAAAACAUCAGUGUUUGCCUUUUCGUAAAGGAGAACCGUUGGCCUACAGAAUUUGCGGCUAGUUUAAAAGCCUAUUCGAAUUUGCUUUAGUGCAUUGAAAAGGCCCGGCACCAGCAUUAUCAUGAGUCUGUCUCUCCAUGGCCAGACUUUCCUCUCCGCUGCCACCGACACCAACAAGUCCUCCAUCUCCUCACUUUUACAAUGCUUUUAAAUCUCGGUACUUGAGCCAUCAAACGGGGGGAAACGAUAGGUGGUACACAGAAUGGGAAAUUAAAAGCUUCCUUGUUUGAGAGCUCCUUGUUAUGGUAUCUGGGUUUAGAUUUAGAAAGACUAUCUAAAAAAUAUUAAUGCGCUUUAGAAUUUAAUAACAAAUAAGCUUCUGUGCACAAAGUAUAAACUGAUUGAUUAUGAUAUGACAGGAAAAUGCAUAUUUUGCAAAUAUUUAGAUUAAAAUGUUUAAAAAAAUACAAAACCUAUACACAAAAAAAACUUAAACUAAAAAUGAAAUAUCCAGCUGACUGAAAACUUGUUGGGUCCUAAAAGACUGCACUGGUUUUUCAACUCAGCUCCUGCACUGGAGAGAUGGCAACCAAUCACGACAGAUUCCACUGCAACAACCUGCCCAUGUUUACUUUGUACAUUUCCUCCUCUAUCAAUUGUUCUGGGGGGGGGGUCUUGUUGUUGGUUUUUUUUGGUCUUGUCUUGUCUAAAGGUUUCACCUGUGUAUAGGUGACUUAUCAGUGUAGUUUUGAGCCACAUCACCCCUCGAGUCCCCAACUCAGCAGAAAGCGGGGGCUGCCUUAGGUUCAUUGUGUGAUGUUUUUUCCACUCAGCGUACGAGUUUAACCCAAAUCAGGCAGCAACGGCGACUCUAACGUCUCUGAAGAGUCAGGGGGGAUGUACCUGACACGUCUAUGUUUGACUCUUUUGUGGCUCAGCCUUUCCUUCUCAUCGAAGGACACUGAGCAGUGAGGGGAAAUGGGACUUCACCUGUGCUACUCUCUGCAUUGAGACCCCGGACAUGCGGACAAAAGAAAAUAGUGUUUGCUUUUGUUGAAGUUUUUUUUUUUGAUCUUUCAUUGAUUGCAAUGAUAUUUUUUUUUUUGUUGAGUUACUAAAAGAUGUCAUUUUCUUUCUUUUUUUGUGUCAUUGGAUCAUUUACUGGAUGUCCCCUUGCUCUUGCUCCCUUCAGAAAAAUAUGCUUGCAUUUGAAUUGGUGUUUGAAAAAGAAAUUACACAGCACAACAAUGAAUAAAAUUGAUAUAGUUCUUUGCUUGA